GCUUUUGGCUGUGCAGGAGCUGGUCGAUAGAGAAGCACUGGAAAAGUUUUGUAUGGAGCUGAACCAGCCGACGCUGCCAAACAUCCGCAAGUGGAAGGGCCCUAGAGGAUGUUGGAAGGGUGUUGUUUCCGAAAAACCCUCAGGCCAGCUACACAAGGGAGUUGAAUAUUCUGGCUUCCUCUGGGAUACAACAGCUGGCAUUGAACUGAAAGAUGCUUUGUCUCAGGAGUGUGCACAGACCAAUGGCAAUGGGAAGCACUCAUAUCCUCACCCGUAUCUUGCACAUUUCAAGGUUGGGAUGAACGAUCUAAUGUUGGUUAACCUUCAUCUGGCCUUGCCACCCUCGGCAGGAGAGAAUACCGGGAAGAACCACGACAGCCACAAACUGGCAGCCUUUGCACAGACUUUGCAGGAGACUCUGAAAGGAGAAAAAGAUGUGAUCAUCCUCGGAGAUUUUAACCAGGCUCCGGACAGCAGCGACCACGACAUCCUGAGGAAGGAGAAGUUCCAUCACCUGGUCCCUUCCAGCACCUUCACCAACAUCAGCACAAAGAACCCACAAGGGUCCAAGUCGCUGGAUAACAUCUGGAUCAGUCGGAGCUUGAAAAAGGUUUUCACAGGCCACUGGGCUGUUGUGCGAGAAGGUCUUACAAACCCAUGGAUCCCUGAUAACUGGUCCUGGGGUGGGGUAGCUUCAGACCACUGCCCCGUUCUUGCUGAAUUUUACCUGGAAAAGGACUGGAACAGGAAGGAGGUGACACGGAAUGGGAACGGGGUGACAGUUGAACGCAACGAUUCCCACGCUAAGCACGAACGAUGACAUGAACUCGAGGGUGCCUCUUCUGCUCCCCAGGGAGCAGUCCAAGGCUCUGUUUUUGCUCAUGGCUCAGCAGCGGAGCAGGACUGCCAUCCCCUCUCCCUCCUUCCCGCUCUCCUCCCCACACCUAGAAAGCAUCAGCACUUCAUUUUGGUGGCCCUGGCUUUGUGCCCCUCCUGGACAGUGGUGGGGUGUCUCACAGCAGCAGAGCAAUCUGCAGCUUUUGUCUGGGGACACAGUGGACACUUCCAUGCCUGGAGAUUUGGAUGAGAAUUGUACAGAAAAUAAAGUGUACUUUUAAUACUGUACAGGAUCUUUGCCAAAACACAGCCAAGCAGGGCUUUGCUGCAAGGGUGAGGGGAGAGUUAUUUUCCUUUGCCUCCUUGUAAAUGGAGGGAGUAAGAGAGGCCCCAAAAAGAGAGACACCGUGGAAAUUCUUGGCAAUUUGCAAAUGCCACUCAACACUUGCAAAGGCUGCCGAAGCUGGUCCCUAUGUGACCUGAAAUGAGGCCUGAGUGGUCCCUCUGGCUCAGCCUGGAGAGGCCCUGUUCCUUCCACAGCCCCAUGUGGAUGUGGGCACCUGUCAUCCUUCCCUUCCUCUCUACUUAUGUUCCUGGCAGGGUGCAUUUUGCCCCAGAAGGGCUUCCUGGAGCUUGGAUUUGACUUUUUGUUUGGUGUGCAGCAUUUAGUGUUGUAUUUUUCCUGCAUGCUAGCCUUCAGGAGCUGGGAAACCACCAAUUUGUCCCUCUGCAGACCCUGGUCCACUUCUCCAGUGCCCUUUGCUUUGCUCCCUGUUGGGGAUCUCACAGGAACAGCCUUUGUCCUGUGGCCCUGCAAGUGGCAUCAAAGAGGAGAUGUAGCCCUGAGUCUUUCUCUAGGAGUCAGUGUUCUGAGGAGGGCUCUGCCUUAGGGAGAAAUAGGACACACGUUGGUGGGAGGACUGUAGAUGAGCCCACGUUCAUGUGAUAACUGCGAAGCCUGACACAUGUGUUGCACCGACCUCCGCCUCUUGAUUUUUUAGGGGUUUUCAACUUCUCCCUCUGGAAGACCACCCAGUUUACCUCACUUUCCUAAGCUUUGUUGCUGCAUGAGCCUGAUCCAGGCACCGCAACAGGGAGUCUGGAUAGUGUGUGGUCAUGGUGCAUAUCGCAGGGAUGGGGUCAGCUUCUAAGGAGGUUUGUUUCUCUGCGUAUCCUGGGUGGGGAGGACUUCAGUCAGCAAGCUGCCAUGACAGAGCCAGGGAUGGAGCAUUAAAUUUGCCACCUACAUAAGAUUUUUCAAGUAGCGAUUAAUAAACAGUGACCUAGAAAGGAAGCAUACAAGGACUGGAAAAAGCAAUUUUGAGUAUGAAAGAUACUGAGCUUCCCACUAGCUCAGCGCCUUCUGCUCCAGGCUGCAGAUGACCACACAGUUUGCUGCUGAGUGGAAAGGAAAGCUCUCUGGCACAACUCAUUGAACUAUAAAGGGAAAAUGACUCCUGACAGCAAUGCCACACCAGAGGAGGUCGUGUAACAGAGGGGUUUAGAGCAAAACAGUAUCAUAUUCUUGUAGCAUGUUCCUUAACUUUCUGAAAUAUCAUCUCAUUUCAGGUAGCAACAACUGAUUAAAUUCACAUGCAAGCACACACAGUUGAGUAUUUCAAACAGGUUUUCUGAUUAUAGGCAAAACUAAACCUGGCGGAAGGUGAAAUAGGAUGGGUGUGACUCUCAGGCUGAGGGAGGUUUCACUGACAUUUCAAGAGGUUAACUGAAUGACUAAGAGUUCAGAGCAUCAGACCAAAAAUGUGUAUUUAGUUGCUCAGCAUUCCCUUUUAAAAAUGGGAGGUGCAGGCAUUUACCCCUGGUCAUUAAAGAAGCCAGCAGGAGAGCUUGGCUCCAACUUUCAUUCCAGAUCCUUGCUGUUACUUUGACCUUUUCUACCUAGGGCAGUUUUGCUGCCCCCCUUAAUUUGAGCAGCACCAGAUUCCCCAAGCAGCUCUCACUAGACCUCUGCACACUAUAGGUGAGGAUACAAUAGAGUUGCCUUAGUCAAACAAAUAUCAAGUGAGGCGAGCGGCAGUAGAAUUGCCAAGAACACACUCACUCACUUGUACCAAUUAGUGUUUGGUAGUGUUUCACUGCUAUAAUUAUGUUUGGAUGCUGAAAUUACUUUAUAGCUCUAGAAAUAAAACUUGGAAGGGCCAGAUCCUAUUUAAUCUGCUACAAGUGUAAAUAAAUGCAGAGGCACCAAGGCCUAAAGAAGCAUCUGCAGUCUCCUGUGCGGGUGGUGGUCUGCGAGCAGCAGCACUCGCAGUUGCAGGACAGGCCCUGAUGAGUUGCCUAUUAGCAUGAGCUGCCAGAGGGGGAAAUGAGCUGAGCUGCUCCCCUAACCCAUGUGUGAGCUGUGGGGAAGGUUAAUGGGGCUGGUCUCUAGCCCAGAGGUUGCUCAGCCCAGCCUGCUGGGAGGAAGCAGGGAGCUCUGGAAAGGUGAUUAUUUGGUGAACAGAAAGAUGCCUUGGAGUAAGAUGGGUCCUAUAGAGUCAGAAGGAGGAGGAUAGAGGAGUUUGAUAGCUACAGGUGGAGCUGUGCCAUGCAUGGAGCAUCGGUACAAGGUACAUGCCUGGUUACUUCAUGUUGGGAAUCAGCUGCCUUGCUGGUUUCACUGGUUUUAAAAAGCUUGCUUUGCUUUUUGUGUGUGAGGAUGAGGCGGUGGUUGUGAGCCUGAUAGAUUUUUUGAGUUCCCAGAAGCAUUUGUCAUGUUACGGUGGUUCAGAAGGCAAAGUAGCGGACAGCUUCCUCCUGCAACUGUGGGACCAAACCUGAAAAGUAAUUUUAUUUCAAGAUACUUAUAAUAGAAGUUAGGCUAGCCCAGCUUUCUGUAGCUGUAUUGCCCUGGUAGCACCAAGGGAGGUGGUAAUGAUGGAGGUAGCGCAGCAACAGUGAGCCUUUCAUGCAAAAGGCCUGAUACUGGCUCCACACCUUGCAUGCUCUGGGCUCCCCUCAGGAGCCCAAAUUUUGUGAGGCUGAGUUCUGCGUUUGUAAGUAAUGUCACCAACAGCUACAGACUGAUUUGGUCCAGGUUUAUUUUUUCUGAAGUAUCGUCACUUCUGGAAGGCAAUUCAGCUGACCUGUGCACAGCAAAGAGUUGUGGAGCUCUUCCCUGCCCACUGCACGUGGAGCCUGGCUGCCUUCUUACAGCUAAGUGCUGCCUCUUAUCUCCCCUGACACGUCAGCCUCAGACCUCCCCUGGCCCGGUGACAUGGUGAAGGCUGCUGGGCAGCCCGUGGUCCCUGCGGGGGCUGUGGCUGGUGAGACCCUGCAGUGGGAGCUCUGUUCUGUCCUCUUCCUGGCUGCCUCUGAGAGGAGAGGUGGCUCCUAGUGGGGCACAGUUGGGUUUUCACGUUGUUUCUACAUUUUAGCAGCUGCUGGAGUAAGAGCUUAAAGCAGCGCCCUGCUUGCCGAAGCUGAGGGAGGCAUGGCUGGUGUUUGGCCUCUCCUCUUUGCUCCCUGUGGUGAAAGCUUUUAAAAUAUUCACAGUCAAAUUAUUCUCCUUUCCUAUUUGCUCUGACCUGUUUGCUUCAGAGCAGAGCCUCUGCUUCAUCCUCUAGGCUUUUUAGGAGGAUUUAUUUGGCAAAUAUCCAUUUGGUCACCUGACUUUGCUGUGUUGUUGCAUCAAGCAGUGCUGCAAAACGUCUGAAAAAACCCUGAGGAAUAAUUUGGAGAGCUGCUAAAAACCUCUGAGAAGCAUAUGCAAUCAAAUAACUGUCCUGGAAAUGAACUUCCAAGAACCAGGUCAUGGCAGCAGCAGGUUGAAUAAAUUCUGGUGCAGCAGGGGUGAAAGCUUGAUCACACAAGGUAACCAGCCUUGGUCUUGGCACUCGAGCCCUCGUGGGAAUCAGUGCUCAGCAUUCCUAGGAAAGGACAGAAAAGGGUCAGCCUAGGGGAUUUCAAGGUUUUCCUGGGCAGCUAAAUGCCUUUUUUUUGAGAAUGAGUUGAUUUUUGGUUUUAAAACUGGUGUCUGGAGCGAGCAUGCUGGCCACAGGCAGGAGUUGGACAUGAUGGGAAGCAGAGCUCUCAGGGCAGCUGCUGCUGUUCCCUCCCUGGGGGCACUUCAGGUCAUAAAUUCAAGCACUCAGAAGUUGGGUGGAAAUGUCCCAAAUUUAAAUUAUGAGCUUUUCCUUAGCUGCAGAAAGCAAGGCAAAACCACACAGGCAUUUCCUGGCCUUCCACUUUCCAGAUUUCACACUUUCAUACAGAGUUUCUAGAUGGGAAAAGCUUCUUAGAAGACUCGUGUUCAUUUGUUUUUCCAAAGCAAAACGCAAAGUUUUCCCCCGUGCAAGGAGUCAUACUGACUGUGAAGCAGAGUUCUUGUGGGAAACAUGGCGUGCAGCAGCUUUUUUCAUCCUCAGAAGAGGUGCAGCAGCGACCCUUGUGACUCGGGUGCUGUGGGGGUGUGACUGAAGCGCCUUGCCAGUGGCCUGCACAGCUCUCACUGCAGCCACUCAGCAGCCCUGGGCUGUGUCCCACGACGCGAGGGCAGGACGUGACCGCAAUGGCAGACGGAGCCCUUGGCUGCCUCUGCCUUGGCCGGUUACUGCUUUGGUUAUAAGUAAUGUCAGGAGGCUGCAACUCUGUGAUCCCGUGCCUCUUAGGAGAGGCCACAUGUAUAUGGGACAAUAUAUAGUAUAAAGGCACAUGCAUAUUCAAGCAGACCAUUUCAUCAUCAGGUUAUGAGAUUUUUAAAAAUUUUUCAUGUUUUUAAGUCUUAAGUCAUUUUGACCUCCAUAUCUGGAAGUAAAAAAGCUCCUGCAUAGAAUCAAAGUAGGACUUAGUCCAGAGUGCCCACAGGUUACCAGUACACUUAGGAAACAUGUGGCUAGGUGACCCUUGGAUGACCCAUCCUUCUUGUCAUCUGGGAACCCUGUGUGAUGAGACAUUCCCAGCCUGAGGGAUGUCCAAAGGUCUUUCUUUAUCAGUUGUGUGAAAGAACAGGCCUUGUUUAAAAAAAAAAAAAAAAAA